AUGGUCGCCCUGGAGACCGCCAUCAACGACGCCAUGACCAUCCCAGAACUCAAAGCACAGUGUCGUGCCUGGCAGAUCAAAGUCUCAGGCAACAAGUCAGACCUCAAACAGCGCUUGCUAGAGCAUCUACGAGACAACCCGCAAUUGGCAGAGCAAGGACCAGCACAAGUCACGGACUGGGCUCCCAGAUACAGGCGUAGCCAGUCUUCUACCGUGCCGAGCGCUCCUGUCAGCGAGGCAUCGACCACGAACGACGCGUCCGUCACACAGAUCACAACACAGGCUUCGGGAGACGCGCCACCGUGCACAGUGGUCUUUCGUACACCAGCCUAUAAGGGUCAAGGACAGAAACGCCCUCGCGAGGAUGCGAAAGAUGGCAAAGAUGAAGCCGAAGCUCAAAAGGCAGUGCAAAGCACAAAGCAACCACGCAUGGAUACACUUUCGCCCUUGGAUGUCAAGACUGCCUCCGUCUUGACGAAUCUAUCCAAGCGUGCACUGGACGGCACAACAGACCAGAAAGGCCUAGCAUCCGACAAGCCAGAGCCAAUCACCUCGCCUACUCCUGCACCACUCAAGUGUGCUAAAUCACAACUGCAGGCCCUGCCAGAUGCCUCCGCUCCACUUGGUUUCAGGGUCUUGCCCUCACCACAUCAUCUCUUUGAAGACUCGCUCGACAUGCGUCGUGACUCAGACAUGACUCUACUCAACUCACCUGUCGCGCUGCAACCACUAGACACUCUCAAAGUCAGCGCUCAUGUUCGUGAGCAGAUGCAAGCUUUUGUUUCUGACGAUCUGGCUCUCGCGCCAUCGCUCAUACAAGAUGCAUGGCAUGAACAGCAUGAUCUCUUUCAAGAUGCUUGUUGUUUACCAGUCGAUGAUAGCGUCGUACUGCCUGCACCUCGCAAUAGACCUACAUUUCAGCCACUGUCGCCACAUCCAGUUGAGCCCAGGGUACAAGGCAUCAUGUUUGCAAGUAGCUACAACCCCAUGGAAGCACACGUCUUUCACAGGCAGCAAGGAACGUGGCCUCAGACGCAGUCUGCUUCGAACUAUGCAGAUGUGGCGACUGUCUCCUCUUCCUUUCAAACGCACUGGGUAGGUUUUUUUCUCGAGCGUGUAGCAGGCCAGUAUGAAGCUGUACGACAUGCCGUCACCUCACUCCUGAAUGGACAAGACAUUUUUGCCUUUGAACUCAGCAUUCGAUUUUGGAUUCAGCAACUCUGUGAGCGUGAUCACGGACCCUUCUUCUGGUCAGUCGUCUUGGAGCGUAGUCUCUCAGUCUUGGACAAUACCGUCAAGCUGGCAAUGCUUGCGGGAGGUUGCUUCUCAAGAGUCAUCACUAAGGAUGGUCAAGAGCAUACAGUCUUGACGCAAACAGGGGAACUCGUACCGCCGAAUCACCCCAUGGCCGCACUCGCUCUAGCGCUUGAAGGAACUCCCGACCUGGAUUUCCUCGCCCGUUGCGUCCGUUUCCAAAUCAAUGACGACGAACAAGGCUCUUCUUUCCAUCUUGGUGUUCACAAAGACGUUUACUCACAAAGCGAAGUUCACAUUGCCAUUGCGAAACGCUUCUUGAUACAAACGCGUAUAGAGACGCCCUGCUACGACCACAUUGUUCAGCGUGGCAUCGCAACGCCCAUUUACGUGUCUGAAUACCGGUAUGCUGUCAUGCAUGUUGAUAUGCCACCUGGCUUGCGUAAUGGUUUGUGUCUUGUGACAACAGUGGAAGGGUAUACCUACUUUGUUUUGUCUGAUACAGGUCGCAUCAUUGGUGAUACGGAAUUUGGUGUCCCUGACUUUUGGCAAUCUGUUUUGGCGUGUGAUGCGCGUGGUCUUGCUGUGGAUUUUUCAACGAUGGUUGAACGUAGUGCAAUGCCGUGCUGGGCGACGUGGGAUGAGCGAGGUGUGGUGCACUCCGGGCAGGAAAGUGGACCAGUGUCUGUGGUGCAUGGCAAGGAUACGAUUGAGCCCGUGCGUGAAGAUCAGUCUAAUGCGGCAUAG